AUGGCUCCAUCACAGAAUCCCGGACCGGCACGCGCAGCUGCCCGAACACCCAUUUCACGACCUUCGUUCGACAUUACGCCCGAUUUUACCGACCCAUCCUUUGACCCCGCCGAAUUCCUGAACGAUGUCCUCCCUCCGCUGACGCUGGCGUCACCGCAAUCCUACACCCCUCGGGGCUCGACGGCCGUUUCCCUCGCCGAGUUAUCAACCCAAGUGCAGUCGAUCCUUACGCAGAUAAACGCGCAGAAUGUUCGACUCUCCAAUAAUCUGACUCAACUGACCGAUGAAAUUUUACGGAGUGGCAAUCGCCUCGCCUACGAAGUUGAAGUGCUGCGCGGCGAAGCAAUCGGACUGUCCGAGACCCUGACGGAAGCUUUACGAGAUGAUAUUGCGAGGUUCGUUCCGGACACGGUAGAAUCCAACCAGGAGAGCAAUCCGGGAUCAGAAGACGACGGAGAAGAGACCCAGGCAGCGGUCAAUGGAGAGGUGACUGUCCAGGAUCCCGAAUUUAUCACGAAGCUACGAACCCUGAAUCAAGUACGAGCCCGCCUGGAAGAAGUUGUCCAGACGUUUGGAGAUUCAAUGGAAUGGCCGCUACCGCCGUCUGAGACUUCCUUGACGUCGUCUUUUAUUUCCGUGUCAGCUCCAGAACCAGGCUCAGAGGCUCAGAGUCAAGAGGAGAAGGGCCAGGAGGUUGCGAAGAAGCUGCGCACCGAAGUGACAGAGCUUCUCGAUAGCAAUGGUGGAGGAGACGAAGGAUUGGAAGCUGCUACAAGGCGAGUUGAGGCUCUACGAGGACUGGCAACCGUGUGGAAAGGAACCGCGGAGGAGAAAGCGCGGACUAGAUUUGUGGACAGUUUGGAGAAGAUGAUCGAUGACCGGCGGCGGACGCUGGAGAACCAGGGUAAAACCAACUCAUCUCAGCAACAGGGGAGGCCACCAGUUGGCCAUCGGCGCCAGGAAAGUGAAGGGCCGGCAGGUGGUAUCUUCAAAAAUCUGCAGCGACUACGGGAGGAGAUCUACCUUGAAUGA